CAGAGGGGUGACGCUUCCCGUCAGCAGCAACGGGGGAAGAACACAGUGCAGCCGGAGGAGGGAGCGAUGGAGGAGGCUCUCACAGCCGCUGCAAGCAGAAGAUGAUGUUAAUCUUUUAGUCAUCGUGGUUGAUGUGAAUCCUAUAUGGUGGGGACAGCAGGCACUCAAUCAGUCAGUGGUGACACUUCCAAAAUGCAUUGAUGCAGUUAUGGUGAUGGGGAAUUCACACUUAUUUAUGGGCCGUGAUAACAAACUUGCUGUAAUUGCCAGCCAUUUACAUGAAAGCCGCCUCCUUUUCCCAGGCAAGCAGUGGAGUUGUGGGGACUUGUCUGGAGAAUCCUCUGUUCUUGAAGCCAAUGCAUCUGGCAGCAAAGAUGGCAAAUAUGAAUUACUGACAGCUGCCAAUGACCUGAUCGCUGAUGACAUCAAAGACCUCAUGACUAGAUCUGGGGAAAUGAAAGGACAGCGGACGGACACUGUCUUGGCAGGAUCUCUAGCAAAAGCUCUGUGCUAUAUUAAUAGGAUAAACAAAGAAACUAAAGCUGGGCAGGAAGUGAAAUCCAGGAUAUUGGUCAUUAAAGCAGCAGAAGACAGUGCCUUACAGUAUAUGAAUUUCAUGAACGUCAUAUUUGCAGCACAAAAACAGAACAUUCUCAUUGAUGCCUGUGUACUGGACUCAGAUUCAGGACUUCUGCAGCAGGCAUGCGACAUAACCGGUGGGAUUUACCUGAAAAUACCCCAAGUCAACUCUCUGUUGCAGUACUUGCUGUGGGUUUUUCUUCCUGAUCCGGAUCAGAGGUCCCAGCUGAAUCUGCCACCCCCUGUUCACGUGGAUUACCGGGCAGCGUGUUUCUGCCAUCGAAACCUGAUUGAAAUUGGUUAUGUUUGUUCCGUUUGUUUAUCAAUAUUCUGCAAUUUCAGUCCCAUCUGCACUACCUGCGAGACUGCCUUUAAGAUCUCACUGCCCCCAGUUCUGAAGGCAAAGAAGAAGAAAUUUAAACCUAUGUUUUAGCAGUAGGACUCGUUGCUUUACAUAUGACACCAACCAACAAGGCUUAGAUGAACUUCUCAGACUUUUCUGACUAAGGUGUCAAACAGCUGCUAAAAUAUAAUACAUUUGCCACAAGGAAUAUGACAUGCAAACAAAAGACCAGGAAUCGUGGAAAUGCAGUGAUUCAACUUCAUGCACAAGCCAGUGGUUUAUACACGAAAAAAAAAGCAAUUCACAUACCUCUUCUAUAGAUAAACUCAUUGAAAUUGUCCAGUAAUAGUUCUGUGGUAAACAGAAGUUAUCGCCAGUUACACAAUAUUGUGUCCCCAGAUGAAUACUGUGCUUUGUGAUAUUUUAUUUGUUUCAACUAUUUAUAAGUAAAACUUUUGUAAAAAUAAAGGCAGAAUACAUAAAA